AUGCGUAAAUUUAAUUUGAUAAGUACAAAAGAGGUGUCUGAAAUUGUGAGUUGGUACACCCAUGUCUGUGCUGGGACUAUGCAGGGCUACCGCGCAACGGAGGAAGAUGCAACGGUCAUCUUGGCGUCUCUCAAAAAUUUCCCCUCCUGCAGGCUGUGCACAAUAUUCGAUGGUCAUAUAGGAAAAGAGACAGCCUUAUACUGCGCUCGGAAUAUAGCGGAUUUUAUAGGAAACUGUGAAACGUUGGACGCCCGCAACAUAACAGAUGCUUGCAUCCAGAUGGACAACGAAAUUUUAAACAGCAAUUUUGCAAAUAGUGGAUCCACAGCCAUCAUUGCCAUCAUUGAAAAGGUUAUGAACCAGGAUGUUUUCAAGCUUUACAUUUGCAACUUAGGUGACUCUCGGGCAAUGCUGAUCAAGAAGGAUGGGUCGUUCAUCUCCCUGAGCGAAGAUCACAAACCAUACAACAAAAAGGAAAAGGAGAGAAUCGACAAAAUUGGAGGAUUUGUGGAAAAUGGAAGGAUACUCGGAUACAUUGGUGUGUCCAGAUCGUUUGGGGAUAAAAACUACAAAGGAAGGAACAACGUUCCGUAUGAUCCCCACGAGACGAUGAUCACGUGCAUACCAGACAUAAAAAUUUUUUACGCAAAUUGCGACGACAUAUUAGUAUUAGGGUGUGAUGGAAUAUUCGAAAUGCUUUCAUGGAGUGAGGUCGCCAAAUUCAGCUACGAGUGUGUCAAUAGGUACUCACUAAGCGAUGCUGUGAUUAACAUUUUAGACUAUGCGUUGUUGUCUGGAUCCAAGGACAACAUAACGAUUCAAGUAGUUAAAUUUUUUAACGAGAAAGUGGAGAGUUUCCAUUUUCGAGAAAAAUUGGUACCGAGCAUUUAUAUACAUAAUGAACAGGUAACCAAGUAUGAAUUUUAUGGAAGGUUCCUAAAUAAGUAUCACAUAAAUGAUAGGAAUAUUAUUAACAACUUGAUGGAAUACUGCACCGAAAUAAAAGAAAAGGGGUGUUCCAUUGGGCCAUUUUUAAAAAGAAUGCGAGAAAAUAAAAAUACGCAUAUUAUAUUAAAUAGGAGGAAUAAGAAAAAUAUCAAAUAUUUGACGUUGCCAAUUCUCCAAGAGGAUCUCAAGACCAACAAUUCUUUUAAUGCCAUGGAUCAAAACGACUUCAACAAUAUGAGGGAGUUUUUUAGAGAAUAUGACAAAAAGAUAAAGACGGUGAAUUGUUCAAAUGGGGGGAAUAGAAAGACGCUGUGA